AUGGCCUCGUUCGAAUCGGAAGCUCCCACGCUCAACGUUGACGAAGGAUCGAUCAGUGAUACACAGUCCUUUACGGGUGAGCAUUCUGAGGAGAUAUGGCGUCACCGAGGUCUUGACUGGGAAUCAGAUGAGGUUUUGCAGCCCAUCUGCAAUAACCUGCUAGUCAAUGAGGGAGCCUUGGCAUCUUUUGCGAAUGUCAUCAAAAUGGCUUUGUUUACCAAUGAAGGCGUGCCCCUUAAUUUACACAGCCCCGACAUAUACGGUUGGAAUGCCUCGCCCACCCUUGCUCAAUUUAUCCGCAUCCUUCACGAGGCUUGGCAUAAGAUGGCGACAGCUCGACUGGAGUAUUCGGAUGAACCAAGCUUUGGUAAGAUCCACUUGCCUGUUAUGGCGGAAAUAUUUGAAAGUCGGAGCAUCGCUGUAUCCCCGACAGCUCUUCAGUAA